AACAUUUAUGUUCCUUUCUGUCACUUUUAUUUAAUUUUUAUCUCAUUUCACAUACAUCUAAAUUCCCAACAGUUGUUCUGUUGUAAUUAUGCUAUCAAUAAUCAACACAACUGCAUUUAGUGGUUUGCGCCAUAUAUUCACUACAGAUCAUGAUUCAUGAUUCGGCAGUUCAUGAUUACACUGUUUAGUUGUAAUGAAUACAGAAAGCUGGUUUAUUUUUAAUUCAGUGAUAACAUCAGAUUAUACAAUUUAAAAUGAAUUUUGGGGAUUGAACCCAUGGCCUUGGUGUUGUAAGCGCCAUGCUCUUACCCCAAAGCUACAGGAAAGCUGAGGAUCUUCCCUUUUACUGAGUGUAAAAGGAAAUCAUGACAUGAAAGAAAUUUCAUUUUGGGUGUACUGGAACUUAAAAUGCUUGUUGCAGUCAGAGGUGCAGGGGAAGCAGAAAGCCGCAGAGAGACAUGAAGAAGAUUUCAUUAAAGAUCUAGAGAACCGAACUGAGAAAUAUUGAGCUAGAGCAGAUCUCACAAACUGAACAUCAUCUCCAACUCGUACAUGUCACUGGAGCAGAUUCUUUCAUAUAUAAGGAGACUUCACGACGUUCUUAGCUGAAUUUACAUUUGCAUCUUUAAGCUUUUAGCAAAUGCUUUUAUCGUAUAAGUUUGUGUGUUCUACAUGCUAAAGUAACACAUGACGUAGAUAUUAAUGUAGAAAGCAGAGCUUAGAAAACAUGAAUGAGAAGUGCUUCAGGCUGGGUUGUGGCUAGACGGGAUACAGCUACCUCCACUGGGCAUGCGCACGUCAAUACCGCAUGUGGUCACGCUGACAAAAGUGAAUUGCUUUUUUAUUAUUGUAACGUUAGGUUUAAGGUUUUGGUAAUCGUUAUCUAAUGUAAUUUAUUGUAAUUGUAUGGCGUAAAUUUGCAUCACUUCCGGCUGUAGCUGUAUCCCUUCUAGCCACAAAAUCAGGUGUCCGUUUUAUGAGAUAUGUCCGUUUUCACGUGUCCGCUCUAAGCUCCUCCCACACGCGGCUACUCCCGCCAAUCGGUCGCCUCCAGCCGCAGGUGUCAAACUCACUGGAGUCACGCGCUGGAGUCAGACAGCAUCAGUUUCAGAAGUUCGUCGGACUGAAAGGGCAUCAACAUUGCUGCCAGUGGUUGAAUAUUACGAAGAUUUUUUGUUUUGUCGGUAUUGUUUGCUCCGUCUUCUUAUAUGGCAGAUCUACUAUAACAAUGUGUACAAAAUAUACACGUUCUCAAAAGAGAAUUUCAAUUUGUUGUACCCGAUCUGAUCUAAAAUAAUAUCAAAAUUGCUGUUAUUGGCACACUUUGUUGAAAAAUAAUGCCUUCACAAAAAAAAAUGAGACAGAAACGGAGAGAGAACCACCGAAGAGAUGCUUCUGAAGUCAGUUCAUCAAUGCAAAUGUGGAUUGAAAGCUUCAGCAAGACACCAGUGAUGUCAUCCUCCAGUGAUCCAGUGACUGAGCGACUUCUGUGUUCAAUCUGUCUGGAUGUGUUCAGUGAUCCAGUCAGCACUCCAUGUGGACACAACUUCUGUAAGAUCUGUCUGAACACACACUGGGACAACAGUCAAUACCGGAGAUGUCCAAACUGUAAUGAAACAUUCAAGCAGAGACCUGAUCUCAAGAUAAAUACAACACUCAGAGAUCUUGUGGAUGAACAUAAGAGGAAAUCUCAUGAAGAACAACCUGCAGCUGAAGUUGUGUGUGAUAUCUGUACUGAAGGAAAGCUGAAGGCUGUGAAGUCGUGUCUGGUGUGUCAGAGCUCUUACUGUGAAACUCACCUGGAGUCUCAUUUGAGAGUGUCAGGAUUACAGAAACACAAACUGAUUGAUCCUGUGAAGAAUCUGCAGGAUUAUAUAUGUCAGAAACAUGGAAGACCUCUGGAGCUCUUCUGUAGAGAUGAUCACACAUGUGUGUGUCUGUCCUGCACUGAUGGAGAUCACAAGAAUCACAACACUGUUCCUAUAGAAGAGGAGACUGAAGAAAAGAAGAUUCAGUUGUUAAAGACACAGACAGACAUGCAGCAGAUGAUCCAUGACAGAAUCAAGAAGAUUUAUGAUAUCAAACAUUCAACAGACCUCAGAAGAUCUGAACUGCUGGAGAUGAUGGAGGAGAAGCAGAAAGCAGCAGAGAAACAUGAUGAAGAUGUCAUUAAAGAUCUGGAGCAGGAGAUCACUGAACUGAAGAAGAGAAACAUUGAGCUGGAGCAGAUCUCACACACUGAACAUCAUCUCCAACUCAUACAGUUUGUACCCAAGACAUUAAUAUUUACAAGAUGCUCCACUGCCGUUACAAUGAAUGGCGAGGAAUGCAACGCUCAACAUGGCCGCCCUGAUGAAGAAAGUCUUCCAGUAGAACGAGCCAAUCAUCAAUCAGUAAAGACUGACGAUUCUCUGGGGUCGGGCUCUUGUGAUGAGGUGACCACGAAAGAGAAGACACAUCUGAAUGGCUUGAGAUGUCAGCAGAAGUCUUUGUCUGCUCUUCAUUUGAUCUCACAGCUGUUUCAGAGAGACAUAUUUUUUUUGUGGUUUCUUGUUCCUGUGGGAAUCUCCCUCCUGAUGUUCUUUUUAAACACUGAGGAACUAAAAAAUAAUGUUGUCCUGAAGAGAAUGCAGCAGUAUGCAGUGGAUGUGACUCUGGAUCCUGAUACAGCAAAUCCAUAUCUCAUUCUGUCUGAUGAUAAGAAACAAGUGAGAACUGGAGACAUGAAGAAUAAACUUCCAGACAGCUCAAAUAGGUUUAAUGUUGGUGUAAUUGUUCUGGGAAAGGAGGGAUUCUCAUCAGGGAGAUUUUAUUAUGAGGUUCAGGUGAAGGGAAAGACUGAAUGGACUUUAGGAGUGGUCAGAGAAUCUGUUAACAGGAAGGGAGAGAUCACACUGACACCAGUGAAUGGAUUCUGGACUGUAGUUCUAAGAAAUGAGAAUGAAUAUAAAGCUUGCGCUGAUCCUGAUGUCACACUGUCUCUGAGUGUAAAGCCACAGAAUGUGGGUGUGUUUGUGGAUUAUGAGGAGGGUUUGGUCUCAUUUUAUGAUCUGGAGUCCAGAUCUCAUAUCUACUCUUACACUGAUCAAUCUUUCACUGAGAAACUCUAUCCAUAUUUUGGCCCAUGCUUGAAUGAUGAAGGUAAAAACUCAGAACCGUUGAUCAUUACAGCGUUCGAUCAAUUAAGUUUCAAACCUUAUAUGUACAAUACUGGAUAAAAGAACAAUUUCUAUAAUUAGAAAAAAAUGAUAAAGUAGAAUUAUAUUAAUAUUUUUCUUUAUUUGCGCUCCAUUUAAAAAUACACAGUAAAUGCAUAUUGUGUUAUAAAUGUAGUGUUAACAUUUCUGCUUGAUUCCGAAAGGUGAUUUUCUGAUAUAUAAUGAUUACUUAAUAUUUUUUCUUAAACGUAAACUUGAUUUACCCUUAAAAUUAACCAGAUUAAUAAAAAGAACAUGCAUAGUAAAAGUGAAAAAUAGAGUUAAGAAACGAUGGUACAUGCAGUGGUGAAACAAUGGUAAUACCUUGAUAUAUGCCAUACUCCUGUUUUAUUAUAUUUUUAAUAACUUGAUAGGAAGGUGGUGUCACAUUAUAACUAAUCACAGGUCAGUUUCAUCUUAACGCUUAACGCUUAAGUCUGGGAGACCAUAACACCAAUAGGAUUCAGGGAAAGAUCAGGUUAACAAAUAAUGAUUGUAUUAUAAAGUGUUUUAAAAAAUUUAAAUCUCCCCGAAAAUGGAUUAUAGAUUAAGACUGACCCUAAUGUUGGUGUUGACAAGUAAAACAUGAUUCUGUGUGGUAGAUUUCUUGAAAUUAAUUGAGUAAACUAACUGUUCUUGUUAUUUUGUGCAAAAUUUAAGUUAAAUCAUAAGAUUUUUUCAGUGAGUUCAAUUUAAUUUGAUCCGGUCCAACUCACUCUAACUUGUAUAGAGGAUCUUUACUUAAUUAUUUUGUGGUGGGACUGCAUGAAUUCUUUUAGUUUCAGUAUUUUCAAAGUGAAUUUAUAGUUCCCAGCAUGCUUUGCAUGCGACAGCAUUAGGAGAGUCAUUUUUGUGAAAGAAAGCUAUUUAUGUGCUUUACAAUAAAAUUAAUGACUUGA